AUGGUUCCAACUUACGCGGAGGGAACUCAAAAUGAAGGAAGAUCAUCCGCAGAAGUUCCAACUGCUGAAUUACCUACCAUUCGUACCCACACUCGUCGAACUCGGCAUCCCGCUAAAAGCUGUGGACGCUCCAAUUACGACAGGCUCCGCUUCGGUGCAUAUUUUAAUGAUGAUUUGUUAUUUGUCCCUAGGGGUGCAUUUUUAAAUGGUAGUUGUUAUGGAUUUUCCCUUCUCAAUCAUCUCAAAGUAGAUAAAAAGAUAGACUUGCAUGUUGAGAGGAAAAACUACCCUGAAUGA